CAUACUUUUGUUUCCCUGUCUCACCAAUACCCACCUUUCUUUCUUUCUUUCCUCUAUUCUGGUUUCAUUUUCUUGAAAUUUGGGGAUGGAGAAGAUGAGUUUUGUGAAGAAUGGAGUUUUGAGGUUGCCCCCCGGGUUUAGGUUCCACCCCACGGAUGAGGAGCUUGUGGUUCAGUACCUGAAGAGGAAGGUUUUCAGCUGCCCUUUGCCGGCUUCCAUCAUCCCUGACUUUGAUGUCUGCAAGUCUGAUCCCUGGGAUUUGCCAGGUGAUUGGGAGCAAGAAAGGUAUUUUUUUAGCACCAGAGAGGUGAAGUAUCCCAACGGGAAUAGGUCAAGCAGAGCUACUGGGUCUGGGUAUUGGAAGGCUACUGGGAUUGACAAGCAGAUUGCCAGUUGUAGAGGGCGGCAGCUUGUUGGGAUGAAGAAGACACUUGUUUUUUACAAAGGGAAAGCCCCACAUGGCUCCAGAACUGAUUGGAUCAUGCACGAGUAUCGCCUCGCCAAUGCCCCAACCUCCCAGCACCCUCCCAACAACAACGAGAAUUGGGUCCUCUGCCGGGUAUUUUUGAAGAAGAGGCCGGGCAAGAAGGAAGACGAGGAGACAGAGAUGAGAGGUGCUGCAAGUUUAGGGAAUGGUACUAAACCAGUUUUCUAUGAUUUCUUGGCGAGAGAAAGGGCGGAUUUGAAUCUAGCUCCAGCUUCAUCAUCAUCAGGGUCUAGUGGGGUCACAGUGCUUUCAUCAAACCAACAAACGGAAGAUCAUGAAGAGAGUAGCAGCUGCAGUAGUUUCACCACUUUAAGGACCAAACCUUAAAAAACUAGCACUCACCCCUUUUUCCAGUACUAAUUUAGACUUUCCCCCGCCCGCCCCCGCCGGAAUAACCCAGUUCAGAGACGUUGUAGUUAUUGGCCACUCAAUUUCAAUCUCUUGCCUUCUUGCCUGCCAUUAUCAUGGAACACCAGCAAAACCAAAAAAAAAUAUGUAAACAGGGAAAGAGAGAAAGAAAGAAAGAAAGAGAGAAAGAGAGACAAAAAUGGGCUUCUUCAGACUUACAAUCAAUGUUGUACAAAGAUAAUGUUAGAGCAAGUUACUUUGUACUUGGCCAAAUCAAAACAUUUUCUUCUCACUUGUGUUAA